AGUGCUUGUCAUGUGGCCUCGCUUCACGCGCUAGUCCGACCAAACACCCCUCUUGACGUCAGCCGAGGCCGAUGAUGGCUCGACGUUUGGCUCGUCACUCUUUGAAGAGCGAUCAGCUUCACCAGACAAUCGCCGCGGCCCGACGCUAUCGAUGUUUCACUAUUCGGCUAUUCCUCGCCCCUCUCUCUGCCUUUACCUCACUCCCCGGCAACGACUCGCUCUGCCUGUCUCACGGUCUGACAUGGAGCUAAUGUACGUCUCUUCUACAGUUUUGGAGGAGCAUGCACUGGUCAGUCGUGCGGUAGAGCAGUCACAGCGAGCAUGACGAGCGCCCGGCCGCCUGCCCCGUCGCCUGUCUUGGGCACGGAUGCGCUCGCUCAACGCUAUUUCUCGAACCCCAAUCUGCCAGCUCCACCGCUUGCCAGUCUGCAGCUGCAGCCGAGUGGUCUCACAGACGCAGCGAGGCACUAUGCAAUGCAGCAGCAGCAGCAGCAACAACAACGAGCCAUGAGCGACGCGACUGCGGCCAUGUCACCCGAGCAAGCGCACACUCAGCACUUGCUCGCUAUGGCACGCCAAGCUCAGCUCAGGCAGAACAUGACGACCGAGCAACAGCAUCAGCAACAGCAGAUGAUGCUGAUGCAGCAGCAGCAGCAGCAACAGCAGCAGCAAAGCUUUCGCGCUCAAGCUGACGGCGGGCCUAAUUUUGACGCCAUGCAAGCCUAUCAGCGUCAGCGCAUGGCGCAACAGCAGAUGCUCCACAAUGCUGGUCCGGUGCCUGUUGCGUCAUCGAGCUCACCUGCCGCCCCGUACUCACAACAAGCGCCCGUUCCGCCUGCAGGCGCGCCUCAGCAGGUGCGGCAACCGCCGCCAGCUCUGCAUGUCCAGAUACCUCAAACACAAGGAGCAUAUGCUGCCGCUGCCAUACCACCACCGAUAUCACGCCAAGAAGAACAGCAACAACACUUACCCAUCGCAUCUACAUCCGCUCUUCCUGACGCGCCUGCCAGGCCAGCCCGCCAAGGCUUGCCUGAGGCGCCCUUCUUGACUCAUCGCACGCCCAUGAAGCGAGGCGAGAAGCUAGCACAAUUCAAUGACGUCCAGAAGGGCAAAUUGCCAGAGUGGAUAGCGAGGGAUCUUCAGUACACACAUGUCCUGGCGCGCGAUCAGAAUGCGAUGAAGCGUCAAUUUGCUGAGAUAUCGGAGAUAUGGGCUCGCUCAGAUGACUGGCUGGGGGAUCCUGCCCAGAUCAGUCGAGAGCGCAAGCUGCGUAUCAAGUGGCCUGCCGAUCGGCGCCGAGAAAGACAAGCAGGCAAGCGUGGACCGAGAGGCGAAUUCAAAUUCACCAAAGCACAGUUGCGGCAUAUUGCCGAUGAAGACGAGCUGCUUUGCCCCAUCAGGCUUGAUAUCGAAGUGCAAGGUCUCAAGCUGCGGGACACAUUUACGUGGAAUUUGCGCGACCCGCUCAUCACACCAGAGCUAUUUGCCAACACGCUAUGCGAGGACAUGAAGUUGCCGCCUUCCCUCUUUGCUCAGCAGAUCGCUUCUGCCAUCAAUGAGCAACUAGAAGAUAGUAGGCGCGUCAGCUACGAAGGCAAUGUCUAUGGCGACCACGAAGCCGAUCAGGGACUCGACGCCGAGGAAUGGAAGUGGUGGCAAGCAGCUCAAAGCAAACAUGUUGGCGAAACGCAAAAUCUCGCGGACAUUGUCGUGCCGGUCUGUGCCGAUGAAGAGUUACGCAUCCUCGUCAAGCUUGAUAUCACACAGGACUGUAUCCAGCUUUUGGAUCAGUUCGAAUGGGACAUCAGCGACCCGAAAAACGUACCGGAAGACUUUGCAGAGCUCUAUGCUGCCGAUCUUGGACUCGCUGGCGACUACAAGACGGCCAUAGCGCAUAGCAUUCGCGAGCAGAUCGACGCCUUUGUCAAAUCGCUCGGCCUGAUCGAUCAUAGGCCAGGUAGUCAAGUGACACACGACGAGCUACGUUACGCCUUCCUUGCGCCUGUCACUGAGCCGUAUCGACAUGAUCCUUCCGAGUUCACUCCUAGGCUCGACCAGCUUCUGCCCGACGAGCUUGAUCGCAACGAAAAGGAGCGAGAGAAGGAAAUCAGGCGCAAUCGCCGUCAAACGCGGGGUCGCCGCAAUGUCGUCAGCUUGCCAGACCGAGAUCCACUCAAAACAGCCCGUACGCUCUUGCCCGCGCCAGGCGCGACGAUGGCCAGGUCAGACUACGAUGCCGAACUCGAAACCUACGUCUAUCAUGCGUCUGCAAUCGCUCGGCCGCCUGUAGCCAAUAAUGGCGAGAUCAGUGCAAGAGCGACGCGGCGUGCGCGGCGAGCUGGCAUCGACCCCACGCGCGAGGCAUCGAUCAUCAGUGACGCUUAUCCGGAUCUGGACGAUCUGCGUCCUUCGAAGUUACGCAGACGGAAGCGUGGCGCCAGAGACUCGGAAGCCUUGCGAGAUACACUGUCACCCCCGCCGAAUAUGUCCAAUGGCGCUUCGCCUCGUCCAUCACGUCAGACGGAGCUGGGCGCAAUUGCAGCGAAGAAGAAAGUCAAGGCGCCCACUCUGACAAGCAACCUACAUCCUCACAUCAUCGAUGGUGUGUGGCACUGUGGCAACUGUGGUGCCCCCGAUGGUGCUGCUCUGGGGCGACGCAAAGGUCCAGAUGGUCAGAUAUCGCUCUGUGGCGCAUGCGGCAAGCACUACAACCGCUUCAGGCGACAUCGCGAGACAGACUACAGUACCUCGUCUGAUUACCACCUGAGCUUGCUGUCCAAGCCGGAAUUGGACAGACUCAGAGCCAAGCAAGCCAAAACAGCGGUGCCGACUUUACCCACGCCAAUGCCGUAUCAGCAAGAGAAGCCGCCUGCUCGCAACGCGGCGCCGCCUACGAUCGUACCCAAGCGCGAGCCCAAGCGAGAAGUGAGCGAGCCGCUGACGCCUUUGCCUGUCGAAGAGCCAGAAAUCACGCCGACAGCGAGCUCCCGCGCUGUCAAUGGGAUGCCUUCCGUGCCAGCAUCGACAGCGAGCUCUUCGCGUGGAAGCUCUGUUCUCGAUACCGACGAGGAAGGUGCGAAGAAGGCUCAGAGCAAGCAGGCUGCCAGCCACAAGCCCGAUCACUCACCUCAUCUGCAGCCGUAUGCGCCCAGUUCGUCGUCUGUUGGCUCAUCAAGAUCAGCGAGUCCCAAGACUGCGCUACAUAUCAAGCCAGCGCAGAUAGAGAAGCCCAUGCCAUCGCUCAUCACCGAAGACGCUCCCCCGGUAUGGAUGCUCGCUGCAGCUGCAGAAUUGCGGGCUGCAAAACCGGACGAUCGGUUCGACAUCAUACCGAGGCCGAAGCCUCCCGAUCCGCUUGCACCUCGAGAAUGGCGUCUCAAGUGUCUCGACUGUCCCGGCAAGCUCUACGUGCCAGGGCCAGGAGAAUCGCUCGCCAACUUCGAAGUGCAUCUCAAGAAUCGGGUCCACCGUCUCAACGUCGGCACGCGAGUCUCCGGCCAUCCAUCUAUCUAGGUACCUGCACAAACUAAUGCACUUGCAUGCGUAGAAGUCUCGCAGCUGAAAACGCUUUGUGAAGAGAAGUGAUGCGCGCCUGAUUGUCAUGCCAACACAUGCAUUGGAUAUAGCGCUGCUCUAUGCGCAUGCAAUGGUCGUCCAUCUACCACGAUCCCACGAGGCGUCUAUGAGCGCUC